UUCUUUUGUGUUGGGACACGGAACUGCUUGCAGUGUGUGUGCUAAUGGAAACUGGCUUUCCACUUUGGUGAUAAGCACUGCUCUUAGCACUGGUGUCAAUGAGUUGGUUCCCUCUUAAUGAAAACAAAAUAGGGAAGGGAAAAUUAAAGAAAUGUUUACUUAUAUCAGUGAUGAUACGUGUAGCAGCACUGAGUAUUGCAGUUGUUUCACUUGUGUGUGUAUUGUUUGUGAGGUUAUUAGUGCACAACAGAGAAACAAUUCCUAGAAUAACAGUAUAUGCAAUGCUACUUUUUGUUCAUCUCUUUAUUGCAGAGCUGCCUUUUUCACAAGGGGAUGAAUUUUUUAACCAAAUUGUAUCACCUGUCAAGAAUUUUCAUGUGAUUCUUGGAAACCUGCUGCAGAGUCUUCAGUAUCAGUUAUUCAGUCCUGUUUUCUUCUCCCUUCAGCAGUUUCUUUUUUGAACAGCAAACGGAGGGAACUGCUCGCAUUGCUGCUGCUGCUGCUCCAGCUGCGCGUGUGUGUGUGUAAACAGGAUGGUGUAUCUGUAGCUGCCACACGCAAACACACAUUUGACCAUGAGGACUCUUCGCAGGUUGAAGUUCAUGAGUUCGCCCAGCCUCAGUGAUCUGGGCAAGAGAGAGCAGGCAGCCUUGGAUGAGCGGGGGACCCAGCAGCGACGGGCCUGCUCCAACGCUACCUGGAACAGUAUCCACAAUGGAGUAAUAGCUGUGUUCCAGCGUAAGGGUCUCCCCGAUCAUGAACUUUACAACCUCAAUGAAGGAGUCAGGCAAUUAUUGAAAACAGAACUGGGAUCCUUCUUCACCGAAUAUUUACAGAAUCAGCUGCUCACAAAAGGCAUGGUGAUCCUAAGAGACAAGAUCCGGUUUUAUGAAGGGCAGAAACUGCUGGAUACCUUAGCUGAAACCUGGGAUUUUUUCUUCAGUGAUGUCCUGCCCAUGCUCCAGGCUAUUUUCUAUCCUGUGCAGGGAAAGGAGCCCUCAGUUCGGCAGCUGGCUCUUCUGCACUUCAGAAAUAUAAUUACCCUCAAUAUUAAACUGGAAGAUGCAUUAUCACGUUCCAGAGCAAGAGUUCCACCUUCUAUUAUUCAAAUGCUGCUAAUACUCCAGGGGGUUCAUGAGUCAAAAGGUGUGACUGAAGAUUAUUUGAAAUUGGAAUCUCUGAUCCAGAAAGUGGUUUCACCUUAUUUGGGCACCUAUGGUCUGUAUUCCAGUGAUGGACCCUUCACACAUUCUUCCUGUAUCCUGGAGAAGCGGUUCUUCAGGCGUUCCAAGUCAGGUGACAUCCUCGCCAAGAACCCCGUGGUGCGAUCAAAAAGCUACAAUAACCCACUGCUGACGCCAGUAGCCGAGUAUGAAACAGAGGGUAUGGCUGCCAAUGGGACAAGCAUCCGAAGACACUCUGUCUCAGAAAUGACCUCCUGCCUGGAGCUCCAGGGGUACUCCAACCUCACCACCAUCAUGGACAACGGUUCUAAGAGCUCCAUGACGGCCACAAAAAACUUGCUGUCAGAGCAGGAGCGGUCCAGUGCUGGGUCAGCGCAGUGUUCUGGCAAGCUCAGCACAGUGGAGCAACAGAAAGGACACUUCCAUUCAAUGGACGACCCACAUAGGUCUUUUGAGCUGGACAGGGACCCUUCCUUGAUUCCAGUUCCUUCUUCUAGCCCUGAGAACAUAGUGGAUCAGAUUUUAGAGUCAAUUGACUCUGAUUCUGAAGGCAUUUUUAUUGAUUUUGGCCGAGGCUGUUCCAAUUCAUCAGCAUACAAUGUGGACGUGAACAGACAGAGCAUCAUGUGAAGGAUUGCAGGACACAAGCCUUGGGUUUUAAUAUUACACAAGAAAGCUACUAACAUGUUGAGUCAGACCAUGGGCAAAAACUAUGUAUGUCUAGGGCACAACCCCAGCUGUGUUGAACUAUAUAAACACAACAGUUUACAACAGGUGGGGAUCAGUUGCCUGGGGGAAGAAACCUCAGCGACUUCUUCCUGUCCCCAUCCUCUGCAUUCUGAUUUCUUACUGUCUUUCUGAACUUAGGGAUUCACAGACUAACAGGUGUCUGGUAAAAUGCUGUUGGUACAGCUGGCAGCGUCUAUUCAGUAACGCCACCUAGUAAAUGACUCAAGAGAUUCCCAUAGAAGGGCAGGUUGUUCUCUGGACUGUAAUGUGUCAGCCAGAGCACAGAAACUUAUCCUUUUAAAAAGAAAAAAAGAAAAACAAACCAGAGGCUGUGGUACUUCAUGCCACAGGAUACAGCGAUAAAGAAGUCUCUUUUAAUCUUUUCUUGUACAUCUUGUAUGCACUCCUUUUCCCAAGGUUGAGUUAAGAGUUCUUGAAGAAGGACAAAUAAAUGGAAAUGUGCUACCUGAUGUCAUGCGAUGCCUGAUGUCUUGUGUUCUCCUUCAUGGCUGGUGCUUUGUGUCUGUGAGAGAGUUGUCUUGAAACUGGACCUUUAGACCAUGUUAAGGCAUGGCACUUACAAGAAAUCUGCGCACUCCUGACUCGUGGAGCAUCCACUGUAUGGAGAGUUUCCAGCAGAGUUCAACUUAAUUGUUUUAAUAAGUAAAUAAAAACAUGGCCUCUUGGUGGACAUCUCCAUUA